CCCCAGUGAGCCGCGGCGCCGGAGGGGUUCCAAUGCCAUGGCCUGGGGAAACUGAAGUGUCCAGUCUCUCUCUUUGACUAUCACGAGCCUCGUUUGAUCCAAUCACUAUCCUUCCCCUGUCAAGCCUGUCUCUGUUUCUGCUGACCCUCUAUCAACACAUCCUCGGUCGCGCGGAUCUAAUCUUCUCUCUUGGGAGACAUUGUCCCGUCACACGCAUCGAGGCCAUCUACCUGACAACGGCAACCAUCCCAGGCUGAGGGAGGCGAUAUACCGAGUAACCAUACAGAGUCAGUCUGACCGAGCAUGAUACUUGGUGAUUAUUGCGCCUAAUUGCGCCUAGAUCCGAGUUCCCCCUUUGCGACAACUACUACUACUCCAGAAAGCUAUACCAACAGCUUAAAUUCGUCCCAAUUCCCGCGCAAACUUCCAACAUGACACAAGACUCGCCCUCUCCCCAAGACUUGCGCGUCGGCAACGGUGUCUCUUCAGCUUCGUCUACCACCUUUAGUUCAACUGCGCCCUUUCCCACUUCAGAGACCACUUACACAACAACAACAUCAGACAUGACUACCGCCUCGGUCUCCAAGAUCGUCAGCCAACCCCGCAGCCUUGCCGAGGUAUGCGCCGCUUUGCGCGCAAAACUCCUUGCCUUUCUGGCUCUCCAAUCCGACGAUGAGACGGUACAGGGUACUCAACGACGGGCUCGCGAUGCUAUGGAGGUGAUAGAGGAAGCCUUGGGUCGGUAUAGACCCCAAGAAAUCUCCCUCUCCUACAACGGCGGCAAAGACUGUCUCGUCCUCCUAAUCCUCAUCCUCGCCUGCUGGCCCGCAAAAGUCCAACCAAAAGAAACCCUCCCCCGUCUCCAAUGCAUCUACAUCGCCCCGCCAGACCCGUUCCAACAAGUCGAGGACUUCGUCGCAACCACCACAGAAGAAUACCACCUCGACCUAGCACGAUACGCCCUGCCCAUGCGCCAGGCGCUCGAUGUGUAUCUGGACGAGAAGCCACACGUGAAAGCCGUGUUCAUGGGCACGCGGCGGACCGAUCCGCACAGCGAGUUCCUGACCAGUUUCACGCCGACGGACAAGGGCUGGCCGCAAUUUAUGCGGAUAAAUCCCGUGCUGGAUUGGCACUAUGUUGAGAUAUGGACUGUGAGUUUUGUUUUGUCUCUACACAAACAAAAUACCCUACCCCCAAAAACGCCACAAACGUCACGUCAGAUCAGACGAAAAUGGCGCCAAGCCGGGACCCUUCUUGCUGACACUAAAAAAAAACAGUUUAUCCGCCAACUCGACAUCCCCUUCUGCUCCCUCUACUCGCAGGGCUUCUCCUCCCUCGGCGGAACAAAAGACACGCGGCCCAACCCUGCGCUGGCCCUCGACGGCCCCGAGGGCAACAAGUUCCGGCCGGCGUACGAAUUGACGCGCGAUGACGAGGAACGGCUAGGUCGCGAUCGAAAAUAGUCAAUUUAUCCCCCACCCCACCAAGUUUUCCAACACCGCACGCCCGUUUUUGCGAAUUCAUUAUUAUUACCGAGAGCAAGAGCAUAUAUAUAUAUACCUAGAACAUGCCUCUUCGGAGGGAGGGAGGUACUUUUUUGGCAUACAUAGGCCACACAGCGUAUUUAGGUUUGUGGAUUUUUUGAGAGGAAGAGGAAGAGGAACCACAGGCCGAGCGAAGCGGAGAGGACAGAAUAGGGCAGGAGGGCUCUGGUCCGAAAGACGAACAUACUACAACUACUAUCUACAUAGACAGCGUAGAGAAGCAUGGCGGCGUUUAGAGCGUUUUUUUGGAUACAAUCAAGUUUAGUUCCUUGCUUAGAGACAGUCUUUGCU